CAGCCAGCCAGUUGCACUCGAGAUGUCUUCCUGAUUAGACAGCAAAGCCAUGUAAUGAUAACCACAUCUCCUGAUGAGUCCACUGAACGUGGGCCAUGUGGAUGGAGUGGAGACAGAAAGCGUAUCUACCUCUGAUGUCACGUCAUACUCCGGUGGCAGCAGUCAGCCAGCCAGUUGCACUCGAGAUGUCUUCCUCAUUAGACAGCAAAGCCAUGUUAUGAUGACCACAUCUCCUGAUCAGUCCAUCAUGCUUAGCAUCUUCAAAUACAUCUUCCCCUCAACAAGUAGAUCUCCGAGACCAGCCAAUGAUGAAGGAGCUUCACUCUCCAAUCAAAGGCGAGUUCAUAACAAGAUUGCUUUUAUCAUUUACCCAUCCCGAAUGAAGCUCUGUAAGAAUUGUGCGGAAUGCAUGUUCUUGCUGUUAUUUAAAGACACUAGACACUAUUGGUAAUUGUCA